AUGUCAUUUUCAUCAUCUGAGAAACCGUCUAGCAGAUUUCGUGUCUUGCUUAGACGUGAACCUGAAAAAGAGACUGAUGCCAAGAGUACACGUCUGGAAGGUGUCUGCGAUAAUAUCUCACAUGGUAUUAGAGAGAACUGUAUGGUUAUGUCAAGGACAGGAGAGUUUUCAGUAUCAGAUGAUACUGAAAGAAAUAUUGUUGAGAAACCACAAAGGUAUGGAGGCGCUAUUGUCCGUGUGAGUGAAUUGCGAAAAGCCGGUGGUUUACUACCUUUUUCUGCGACAGGUAGUGAGGGACCUUCUGUUGGUGAUAAUAGUAAGGAAAGAAAUUUUACGGCAAGUUCGUAUUUGCGUUUUGGUGGGUCAAUCACUAACUGUAAUAACAAAGAACUGGACUCUCGUGCACUUUGUACAUUUGCAGUUGCUGGUACUGGAGAGAAGGUCUUAGAUGGACGAAAAGCGACAAGGCGGAAUUCUCCAACGCGCAGGAAAGGGUCAGGUAAGGUUAAAAAUAAAAAUAACACAAGAAACAAUAACAGUAUUAGUUAUGCCAAAUCAAGAGGAACAAAAGUACGACGUGGAGGGAAGAAAAGUAAUAUUCUGGAAUUACAAAGUAAUGGAGAGCCUUAUGGUUAUCGCUGGUCUACUAAAAAUGGCCGCCGUCAGUUGCAUUACGGAAGUCGUACAUACACAGGUAAAACCGCACAUCAGAUAUGGGAUAAAAUAAAGGUAGCCCUCAAGUCGAAAGAAGCAUCGUCACUCCCUUCACAAUCUUCCUCUCAUGCUAUUGUUAUUCCUACCGCUCCGCAACUUUCAAGUUUAAUAGAACCUGGUAAAAAGAUUAAAGAUGUGAAACGUUCCCGUGUGGAAACUACAAGAGUAGCAAAUACUGCUACAAAACGCUCUUGUAUAGACUCACAUAAAACUAGUCAAACGACUCUUUUAACUGGAACAACUAGUUUACUCUCGUCUACGGUACGACCAAAGUUACUCCUAGAUGAUGAUGAACCAUUAUACAAAAGAGUUUGUGAGGGAGAUGUGGUUCUUGUAUCUGAUAGUGAUAAUAGUGAGAUAUGCAGCUCGACGUCAUCUACACUAUCGAGUUGGCCCUCUCUUCGAGCAGGUAGUAGUGAACUUACAAUAAAUGAUGGGGAUUUGAGUAGUCAGGGUUCAUUAAGUGAAACUGAAGAAAACGUUUACAAAGGAUGUCAUGAUAAUAAAAGGAACAGAAUAGUUGAAUUAGAUAAUCAAAAGGGUAAUUGUUCUCCCUCAAAGGAAUCAUCUACUGUUUUUGAGCAUGAUGGAUGGCUAUAUCCGACUGAAUUGCUGCCACUUUUAUGCAAAGAAAAUUCUACAGGUAGUUCUCUACCUCUUGGGAAUGCCAAAUUAGGUCAACAGAAUAUUGAGAAGGAAAAUAAUAGAAAUAAUGUGCAAGGAAUCACCUUUCUUUGUAAUAAAGGUACUGAUACUGUAUCUUCACUUCAGCCUUCUUCGGUUGAAGUGUUACCAUCAGUUAAAAAUCCUGCAUACUCGCAGAGAUAUGAGGAGAUGAAUGCCCUGUUGGACUUACCUAUUGAUGAUAUAGGGGAUUUUUUUGUUACGGGAGAAGAGAUUGGAGGAAUGCGCUUUGCAUCUUAG